GGGGCGAUGACCUGAACUCACCUUUCCGCCCCCCUGUCGGACGCGUAGGUGGUACGUCCCGCAGAGCCGGGGUCCAAAGUGUCGUCUGAAACAAGAUGGACGCCAGCCUGGACAACUUCAUGAGGGAGAAAGUGCGUCUCAAGGAGUAUGGCGAGACUUUGGAGAAGUUGGCCGCCGAUUGUGAGACAAACUACGUUCAGGCGGGUAACUCCCAGGCUCGCGCCCAGGCGUUCCACUCCUCCCGACAGUCGGCAGCCAAGGCCCUGACGGACGUGGCUUACCGGAUCAACCUGCUGGCGCAGACACUGGUCAACGUGCUGGACAACCAGAACGAUACCGUCAAGAGGCUGGGCGCUGACAUUGGGCAGUUAGAUACGCAAGCUGACAUUAGACUGGAGACCGCAGCCAAACAACGCGUCUUCGCCCUGACCGCAAAGCAACCGCCAGUGGAAGAGCGACCGAAAGUGGACGGGCCUAAAUACGUCAGGCGAACCAAGGUGGAAAUGAAGAAAUUCCCGCCUCUCAACUAUAACUCCUUGGACAGGUUGGGGCAUGGCUUGAUCCUGACCCCCUCAACUUCAGUGGGCCGCCUCUCUGGAGUUGUAGACAUGGAUAAAUUCCGAGCUAAGCAGGCCGAAGAGUUGAACCUUCCUCCCGACGAAAACGACGAGGACGCGAAGACGGACCAGGUCGUGGAAGACAUGUACUCCAAGCUGAGAAAGGGACGCAGUUUUUCCAAGAGUAAGGUUGACGACGAUGACGAGAACGUGUACGAAAGAGUUGACGACUCGUCUGGGCGGACUUUUGGAGCUCGGACGUUAGAGAGGUUGUCGUCGGCGACGUAUUCCACGUUCGGUCGCUCCGCUUCUCCAUCUUCAAAGAACAAGACUUUACCGCCUGGUGGAAAGAACUCGCCAAAGCUUACCUUGAAUCGUAACAGUUCUCUCUUGAGUCGUCCGAAACAUGCCCCACCCCCUCCUCCAGCGAAAGUUCCCCUACCUCCUGCUAAUGGUACAGCUUCUCCAAUUCCCCCUUCCGCAGCGACCAAUCGGAACGCUUCUCCGAUUCCCCCUCCCACAGCGACCAAUCAGAACGCUUCUCCGGUUUCCCCUUCCACAGCGACCAAUCAGAACGCGUCUCCGAUUCCACCUCCACCACAGAUGUCAGCCAAUCAGAGCGCCGACGCAGUAGCCCCACUGGCUUCUCCCGAGGAGGAGGAUGACUCGAGCGCGGGUACGCCGGGCAGUUUCCUUGCGGCGAUCAGGGCCGCCAAACUGAAAAGUCGGAACGCAUCCGGCGAUAAAAACGGUGCGCAAAAGAAGGAAGGUGUGCGGGUCAGCGUCAAUGACUAUCUUCCACCGCCACCUCCAUAGCGCCAACCUGUUAUUCUCUUUUCAGGGGGUUAAAAACAUUACAUACCUCCGCAAACAAGAUGGGACAUUCCAAAAAUUAUAUGUGUUGACAAGGACGUUAUAUGUCCUUGGUGUUGAUGGGGACGUUAUAUAACGUCCUUGAUGGGAACUUUCACAUAUUGGACUUGUUAAUGAGAAAUCUGCAUAACUUAAAAUAAUCAUGUUUGCUAUCUGACAAAAAAUGUUUCUAUCUUUCUCAUGAUUUUUUAAAUCUUACAUCAGAUCCAUAACUAUCAUAUAUUUUCAGACUAAUAACAUUUUGUUGCAUCGUUUUCAUUUCAUUUUCCAUGUAAGAAAUUAAGCUUAACUUGAUUUACGUAAAGUUGACCUUUGUGUGUUCAAGGCUCCUUGGUGUGUUUAAGAUCAUACUUAAGACCAAGAUCUGAAAUGUUGGCACACAUAUGUAUACUUGUAAAUAUAAAAGUAGAUGAUAUCAGUCAUAUCCUUGUGAACCCGAUAGAGAUUAGCGUGACAUCAAUAUGAUCGAAGAUCGCUUUCUGUAUAAUGUAUGAACGCACAUAAUUUUCUAUUUCUUGAAAGAUCACUAUGUUCUUUGUGGACUUUUGACGUGCCUUUGAAGUGACUUAUUUCCUCGUCUUUUAUCAUAGUUUUUUUGUCAUAUGUUGCGGCUUUGACUGAAGAUUUAUAAGUACGCUAAGACAUGUAAAUGGAAAAUAUUGUAUACUUGUAAUCUGCAAACAAUGACUACCUAACACAAUUACCGAUUGUAGAUAUGAAAUGGUUGUGUUUUUUGUGUGAAAGUUAUUUGUUAGUAUUAUUAGAACAAUUGAAAUCUUGAAACAACUCACUGAAUAAAGUAUUCAUGACUUCUCA